AUGGCUUCUUACUAUGGCAUGUCACGCGUCGUGGGAGGCACAGGUGCCUGGCCAGGGGCCUGGCCCUGGAUCGUCAGCAUCCAGGAUCCCUGGGAAACAGGCACGGGGCAUAUAUGCGGAGGGUCCCUCAUCAGCCCACAGUGGGUCCUCACAGCAGCCCACUGUUUCAUUGAGGCCAGGCACAUCACCAUGUGGCGCGUGGUGAUCGGGGCCACCCAGUUGACUCAGCUGGGUCCUGAGGCCCAAGUGCGCCAUAUUAAGCAGCUACUGGUUCACGAACACUAUAGUAAUAUCUCGGAGAGGAACGACAUUGCCUUGCUGGAAUUGGACCAGCCUGUCCAGUGCGGCUACUACGUACAGCUGGCCUGUGUGCCUGACACCUCACUGAGAGUUUCAGAUCUGACAACCUGCUACAUCAGCGGCUGGGGUUCCACAACUGCAAGAUCUGGAGGAUCAACUGAUGUCCUGCAGGAGGCCAAGGUCCGCCUCAUUGAUGUCAACCUCUGCAACAGCAGCCAGUGGUAUAGAGGGGCCAUCCACGCCCACAACCUGUGUGCCGGCUAUCCGCAGGGUGGCAUUGACACCUGCCAGGGUGACAGCGGUGGUCCUCUCGUGUGCAAAGCUAACAAUGCUGACUACUUCUGGCUCGUUGGAGUGACCAGCUGGGGGAAAGGCUGUGCAAGAGCAAAGCAGCCUGGAGUCUACACCUCCACUCAGCACUUUUAUGACUGGAUCCUGGUCCAGAUGGGACUGCGCCCAGCAGUGAGGGCUACUCCAACAGCACGGGCAUGGAGUCAUUUUCUCACCACCUCAACUCCCUUUCAGAGGCCAGAGCCAAUACCAACACAAUCAAGUAGCUUUAGCUCCUGCCCAUUUCCCCUCCAGAAGCUGCUGGAAUUCUUUACUCGGGUGCAGGAGCUCCUGCAGGUCCUCAGGGGAAAAAAGGCUUGA